UAAAAGAGUAUAAUAUACCCGAUAAUUGUCGGCUUUUGCAAGCACCGACACUUAAUGCUGAAAUAUUUCAUGCAAUACAGGACAUGCCAAGGAACCGCGAUAAAAAUUUGACGGUGCCCCAACAACAAUUGGGUUCCGGCAUAACAGCUAUAAACAGAGCUAUGGAAGUUUUAUUAAAAGGACAGGACACAUCUACUGCUAUAAAGCAUCUAAGCAAUGCCUGUCGAAUUCUCUCUGACCUGCAUCAUAUGAACACGCAGUCACGAAUAAAACUUAUAACACCAGGACUUGACCGAUCAUUCCUACAUGUCAUUCAGGAUGCUGAGCGUGAUGAGACGAUAUUUGGCAACAAAUUAUCGGAAAAAAUAAAGGCUGCUAAAGCAAUAGAGAAACAGGGCAUUCAAAUAAAGAAAGUUACAGCGCCGAAUCCAAAGCCUUCGUCUUCAACGCAUGUACAAACACCUGUUGUUCGACCAACGUACUCGGGAAACUGGACAGCUCCUCCUCGGUACUCGUCGAACAGGGGGGGGGGGCGAGAGGCGGCAAGAAGACGAUGCAGAGCAGUCGCCGACCGUACAAUGCGGCUCAAACGUACAAACCAGCGACCUCCUCCUACUACAGACCCCGAGCUUCGAACCAAUAGUCCAGGGAACACCACCGUCUGCACGCGAAGCUUACCCUGGGUGCAGCGAAACUUUGCGGAAAGCCUACAUCCAACGUGGCUGUCCACCAGAAACGUUAAACUUGAUGUUAUCGUCACUAUCCAGUAACACCCUAAAGCAAUAUAAUGUAACGUAUAAGCUCUGGUGGCAUUAUUGUAUGACUAAUAAUAUCGACACUUUUAAAGCAACCAAAAGUGCCAUGCUAUCGUUUUUGAACCAACAAUUUAACUCCGGAUGUUCAUAUGGCUCGUUAAACAGUCAUCGGUCCGCCCUCUCCCUGAUUUUAGAUGGUAAAAUCGGAUCGGACGAGGACGUGAAAAGAUUGCUCAAAGGCGCGUACAGAUUGAAACCAAGUCGACCUAAGUACACAUAUACCUGGGAUCCACAGCAAGUUUUAAACUUCGUAUCUAAUUGGUAUCCAAAUUACGAUCUCAGUUUAGAAAAAUUAACCGAAAAGCUAGUCGUCUUGUUAGCAAUCUGUACAGCCCACCGAGUUCAAACGCUCUCUCUCAUUAGGCUCGAAAAUAUAGUUAUAAACCAAAAUGGGGUAAAGAUCGGAAUUACAGAUAUAAUAAAGACAUCAGCGGUGGGACGGGAGCAACCCGUCCUUUACCUACCUUUUUUCAUGGACAAUAUUUCCAUCUGCCCGGCCACUACUUUAAAAGAUUAUAUUUCCGUUACUGAAACUCUUCGUACCGAAAACCUUGGUAGGCUGAUUUUAACAUACAAAAAACCACAUAAACCUGCUACAUCCCAGUCCAUUAGUAGGUGGAUUAAAAAGGUAUUGGCGAACAGCGGAGUUGACGUAACAAAAUUCACGGCACACAGUACUAGGCACGCGUCGACUUCAGCGGCC